AUGGUCUUCUCGGGCGAAUUCCACCCUUUCCGCCUUCCUGUUCCUGGUUUAUGGCUAGAUGUCUUCCAAAAAAUCAAGAGCAUGGGUUUCAAUGGUGUCUCCUUCUACACCGACUGGGGUCUUUUGGAAGGCAACCCUGGGAAUGUUAUGAUCGGCGACAACGGUAUUGACAAUAACACUGAUAUCUGGAACCUUGAUGAGUUCUUUACUGCUGCAUCUGAGGCGGGGAUCUAUCUCAUUGCGCGGCCCGGUCCAUAUAUCAAUGCCGAAACCUCUGCUGGAGGUAUUCCUGGAUGGGUCCUACGCAUUAAAGGGGCCAUUCGAUCAAUGAGUUCAGAUUAUGUGGGUGCCAUCAAGAAAUACAUGUCGACAGUUGGAAAAAUCAUUGCCGAUGCACAGAUUACGAGAGGAGGGCCGGUUAUCAUGGUCCAACCGGAGAAUGAGUAUACCACCUGGCCAGGGCUGACAGAGGAAGAAUUUCCAUCGCAGAUGAACCGUGAAGUGAUGGCGUUGAUGGCGGAAGAGCUGCGUGCUGCCAGGGUGGAAGUGCCCAUGGCAAUGAAUGACAACGAAGUGGAAGGAUACUUUGCACCAGGAACCGGACUUGGCGAGGUGGAUAUCUAUGGGAUUGAUGCUUACCCCAUGCGGUAUGACUGUGCGCAUCCGGAUGUUUGGCCAACGUACAGGUUUCCUUACGAUUGGAAUACCCUGCAUGAAGAGCAGAGUCCUAUGACACCGUUUACAAUUAUGGAGUUUCAAGGAGGGUCGGGUGGGGGCUGGGGAGGAGUCACAGAGGAAGGAUGUGCAAUGCUGGUCAAUCACGAAGCCUCUCGAGUCGUAUACAAGAAUAAUUACAGCUUUGGAGUUAAGAUCUUCAACAUCUAUAUGACCUACGGUGGUACCAACUGGGGAAAUCUGGGAUACCACGGAGGGUAUACCUCGUAUGACUACGGUGCCUCCAUCGCUGAGGACCGAACUCUCAUACGCGAAAAGUACAGCGAACAGAAACUCCAAGCCAACUUCUUCAAAGUAUCACCAGCCUAUCUAACGGCAACCCCAGGGACUGGACGGAAUGGGUCGUACACCGAGAACCCGCGAAUCGCCGUCACUCCACUAGUUGGAAAUGGCACUGAAACAAACUUCUACGUCGUUAGACAUGCGGAUUUUACGUUCACGGGGAACGCAAGAUACACACUGACUGUGUCGACCAGUAUUGGCAAUGUCACUAUCCCACAGCUCCAUAAUACAGAAUUGUCAUUGAACGGACGUGAUUCCAAGUUACACGUGACAGAUUAUGAUGUUGGAGGCAUCAACAUGAUCUACUCCUCGGCGGAAGUAUUGACUUGGGCGCAUAGCCUUGGCUCAACCCGUGUUCUCGUACUAUAUGGUGGAGAGGAUGAAGUGCAUGAGGUUGCCUUCUCGCAAACCUUACCCAAACCAGUCAUUCUCGACGGUCAAACUUCUGGGAUUACAAUCGAACAACAAAAGGGCGCAUGGAUCAUUCAAUGGAGAGUAACCGCUACUCCCAGGAUGAUCCAAAUUGGAGAUGUCGAGCUUCACCUUCUGUGGCGUAACGAUGCGUACGAUUACUGGGUAAUGGAAGUACCUGCUGUGGAACCUAUAGGCAACUACAGUUCACCAUCAAAAGAUCUCAUCAUUGUGAAAGCAGGGUACCUCGUCCGGAGUGCAUCAAUUCAGGACAAUCACUUAAUUUUGAGUGGAGAUAUCAACGCAACCACCACCAUUGAGGUCAUAUCCACACCACAAGAGGUACAAGGUGUAGUAUUUAAUAAUCAAUUGCUCAACACUACGCUUUCAUCCAGCAGAAAACUUCUUGGGAGAGUUCAGUAUAAUCCACCCACAAUUUCCCUUCCGUCUCUCUAUGAUCUCGAAUGGAAAUAUCUUGAUUCCCUCCCGGAGAUUGAUCCCUCGUACGAUGACCAGGCCUGGACAGUUCUCAAUCAAUCCUGGAGCAACAACCCUCGGAAUCUCACUACUCCAACCUCGCUUUAUGCGCUUGACUAUGGCUACCACACUGGGUCUCUCCUUUACCGAGGGCACUUUAUGGCUAACGGGCAGGAGAGCUCCCUUUUCCUAAAUAUCUCCGGCGGGUCAGGCUUUGGGUAUUCCAUCUGGCUAAACGAUAACUAUCUCGAUUUUUGGGGAGGAAGCAGCGAUAGUUCAUUUCAUGCGCAGAACAUCUCACUUGUUCCCACCACUAACAAUGUGGCUCUCUCUUCGGGAAAGCCCUACACCAUCAGUAUAUUGAUUGACCACAUGGGGUACGACGAGGAGGCCCCAGGAACAGACGCUAUCAAGUUUCCCCGCGGCAUCUUAGACUACUCCCUUUCUGGCCAUGAGCAUCAAUCUGACCUCCGCUGGAAGAUGACGGGAAACCUUGGCGGCGAGCAGUAUCGCGAUCUCAUCCGUGGCCCUCUCAACGAGGGUGCCAUGUUCGCCGAGCGACAAGGCUAUCAUCUACCUCAUCCCCCGAGUGACACAUGGGAAACGCGAAGUCCGUUUACGAAAGGAAUAGAGAAUUCAGGAGUCGGGUUUUUCACCACAUCCUUUCCCCUGGAUCUACCAAAAGGAUACGACAUUCCGCUGCGGUUUGUAUUUGCAUUCAAUGGCUCAACGGACGGCGUACAUACGCGGAAUUAUCGCUGCCAACUCUAUGUGAACGGCUUUCAAUUUGGGAAAUUUGUCAACAAUCUUGGCCCUCAAACGGAUUUCCCUGUGCCCGAGGGAAUUCUCAACUACAAUGGGAUCAACUACAUAGCAGUGACACUGUGGGGCCUGGACGGGGGAGCGAUGCUUGGGCCGGGGGGCUUGCAACUUGUGGCGUCGCGGCCUAUUUGGUCAGGGUAUCGGAAACCAGUUGCGGUGGAGUGGCCAGGAUAUGUGGAGCGAGAGGGGGCAUACUAA